AUUGGUUCCUCCUGAAGAUCAUGCCAGGCCUGUACUGCCUGCCAUCCUGGACUGCCCUUCCUCUACAGAGCUCCUGUGUAAAGGCCUGUGCCAAUGGGUAUUCCUUGGGUCUCACUGCCCGUCUGACGUAUAUUAACCUGGAACAGCAGCCUGUGGAAGGAGUAUUUGUUUAUCCCCUGGAGGAGUCAGAAGUCGUCUCAAGUUUUGAAGCUGUGACGGGAAGACGAAGCUGCACAUUCCAGAUCCAGAACCGACCUCGGGUAGAAAACUGUUGUCUUGGCUGUAACACGAGUGGGAACCAGCCAGUCCACUGCAGUAAUGGUCACCUUGUCCUUGAUGAAGACUUGGCCCGUUCUACGUUCAUCCUCAGCAUUGGCUCCAUUGGGCCUUCCGAGAUCCUGACGGUGGUCUUCAGCAGCACCCAGGAGCUGCCCACUUUGCCAAAUGGGGCGCUGCGGGCCCUCUUCCCAUCUGUUCUCACGCCUUUCGUGGAAACGACCCCAGAAAGUGAAAGUGAGGCAAGAGGCUUGUGUGACGACAGGUUGGCCCUAUGCUCCACUAGUUGCUUUGGGUCCACGGGUCUCAAGAGCGAGCAGUCAUUCCUCAACCCUCCUAAGGAUACGGACAUCUUCAGAGGAGAGGUUUACAACCCCUUUCCGUACGAGUUCGCCUUUGAGAUGCUGGUUAAGGGGCCCUGUUUGCUGGCAGGACUAGAGAGCCCCACGCAUGCUCUUCGAGCCGACGCCAAUCCAUACGCCAAUUCUGCCUCAACGAUAUGCAUUACCCUGGCAGAGCAGCAUAGGUGUGACCGCAACCUGGAGAUUAUUUUGUACCCUUGUGAACCUCAUAACCCACACCUUAUCAUUGAAGAUGGCGCUAUGACGUAUCACAAAUAUGAGUCACAUAUAAGGAACCGCCGAGAUUACGCUCGUAUUGCCAAAAAGGACAAUGAUGGUGAACGACAGGUGGCAUUUGUCCAGAAGAGGUUCCACAAAGACAUUUUCUACAACCCUGUCCUCAUGCUGAAUUUCUGCCCUGAGAUGAGCAAUGUUUCCACUGAUUUCCAGAUGGUCACUCGCGAAAUAUUCUUCCUCGUUGACCGGAGUGGAAGCAUGAGUAGCCCCAGCAUGGAUGGGAUCAAGGAUGCUCUCCUGGUGGCUGUGAAAAGCCUCCCUUCCGGCACUUUGUUGAACAUUGCUAGUUUUGGCUCCAGCAUCAAGCCCAUGUUCACCUCAAGCAAGACCUGCAACAGUGAGACCCUCAGGCUUGCCUGUGAAUACAUUCGGAAGCUUCCGACUGACAUGGGGGGACCCAACCUCCUGGCUGCUCUGACCUGGAUUUUGGGGCAGCCUCUUCACCGUGGGUAUCCACGGCAGCUCUUCCUCUUUACAGAUGCCACCGUUGGAAACACUGGCAGGGUCAUUGAACUGGUCAGGAGGCAAGCCAGCACUGUAAGGUGUUUCACCUUUGGCCUGGGUCCCGGUGCCUGCCGGAGGCUCCUACGAGGUUUGGCAAAGGUUAGCAGAGGUCGGGCUGAAUUCCUAGAUCCAGGAGAAAGACUACAGCCAAAGCUAAUAAAGUCUUUGAAGAAAGCGCUUGAGCCAGCUGUGAGUGACAUCACGAUAGACUGGUACGUGCCCGACACUAUGGAGGCCCUGCUGUCACCCAACGAGAUUGCAGCCCUGUAUCCUGGAGACCGGCUCAUCAGUUACUGCACCCUUUACCACAUAGCCAGCUUCCGGGACAAGAAGGCAACAGGCAGAGAGCAGAUGAGCCGCAGCCUCUCGAGAGGCUCAGCGGGCUCGGUGUUCCCAUCCCACGAGGAAGUGGUGGGACAGGAUGGAGCGCAUCUGCACGCCGCUGGGGAGAGUCAAGAUAUCACCAAAGCCCUUCGUGAAAUUUCCUGCGAGAUAUCCCUGGAGUUUUCAGCUGGAGCCACGGAAGAGUCUGUGAAGAGUGGAGAUCCCGUGUCAGGAGGCGACAUCUGGAAGCGGAUUUUCCAGCCUUCCUAUAUCCAGGAGCAAUAUGUGCUCACCCACUGUUCGGUCAGCACUGACCAAAGCCAGGGAUUACUGUCCCACAGCUCCACCAGCAGUGAGUCCACUGGGUCGAGAGAUGUUCCUCUGGAGGGAAGCUCCUUCGCUCACACUCUCGACGGCAACUCCCAGCAAGGCCAGAAAAGCGUCUCCCUGUGCAGCACCUCCACCAAGUCUGCACCAGUUCCCCAGACUCCCACCGGUGCAGGUACCAUGGAGCAAUAUGUGCUCACCCACUGUUCGGUCAGCACUGACCAAAGCCAGGGAUUACUGUCCCACAGCUCCACCAGCAGUGAGUCCACUGGGUCGAGAGAUGUUCCUCUGGAGGGAAGCUCCUUCGCUCACACUCUCGACGGCAACUCCCAGCAAGGCCAGAAAAGCGUCUCCCUGUGCAGCACCUCCACCAAGUCUGCACCAGUUCCCCAGACUCCCACCGGUGCAGGUACCAUGGUGGCCACAGCCCUGAGCUCUGAGGAGCUGGUGCGGAAAAAGAAGGCCCUGGCUCGCGCUGCGCUGUCAGGGCGCAGCUUCUCCUCUCCGCACGGAGAGCUGGACGCCCAUCGCCUCCGCCGAGCCCUGGAGAAAGUCUCCAAGAAGCGGAACCAGUCGGUGGAAGGCAAGCUGGACGGUUUCCAGCCGGAGUUCCCAAAGAUGGCCAAGACCAGGGCUGAUUCCAGCAGUUUGCUGUCGCCCGUGCACCUGGAUUGGGACACCCUUUUGGAACCCCCGUAUCUUUUCAGCCCAUCACCAGCGCCAGCGGCAGCACCUGAGUCCGGAGCUGGUGAAGGCAACGGCAGCCCCUGGCCGCUUCUCCGGUGUCAGGUGAUCAUCCAUGCCCUCAGCGCAGGGAAGCCCAUCUCCUGGGAGGUGACCACCGCUCUCGAUUCCCUGCUCCUUCCCGAAGACAGCCAAGCCAAGGGGGAGCCUUUCCAACGACAAUCUCAGUGGAGCCAGGCUUGGGACAAGCUGCUCCAUCGUUUGACUGCCGGUUCCGUCAUCCGGGAUAACGAGAACGUGGCCCAACGAGAAGCUGAGCUGGAACAUG